CGGUAGUUCCCCUUUACUUCAAGAAGAGCACUAUUACAUAGAUUCGAUCACAACUGAACACUUGGCCAUCGCAUGUUUAUUCAAAACUGGUCUUUUUAUUGUUAUAGUUUCCCCCACUUUGUGGCGAAAUUCAUACUUAAAUUUUCGAAAGUAACCUCAAAUCCGAGGAUGGAUAGUGCUCACCUAACUGAGGACGAAAUGGCUGAAAUAAAGAAGGAAGCCAUAGAGAGGUUGCGGCCAUACCUUGUUGAUAAGAUAAUUGCUGAGCGACACUUCGAUUACUUGCGUUCUAAGAAAAUCCUGACCAGAGAAGAUACAGAGGAGAUCAGCUGCAGGACCACAAGAGGGAGACGCACCAGCAAGCUGCUUGACAUCCUUGCAGAAAACCCCCGGGGUUUAGACAUGCUCAUUGAGUCCAUUAAAUGGGGCAGAACACUUAACUUCAUCAUAGCAAAGAUCACAGAUGAAGUGCAGCGUGUGAAAAACGAACGAGUGGAGGCUCUAAAAGCAGGGUCCUCAGCCAGCUCAGGAUACUCCUGCACAAAGGGAGCCACCAAUGAUCUCUCCAGGAUGGAGUACAACUAUGACAAGUAUUCCACUAUGUGUUAUCACCCUGAUGGGGAAGGAAGUCCGUCCACCUCUGUCGCUACAGAAUCCUUUAACAUGCGCUACGGAUCAGGCAAAGUGAAUGAAGCUCUGUCACCCUGUGGAGGUACUGGCAGCAUGAAUGUGCCAACCACAACAUCAUCAAGCUUGCCCAAACCUGGUGACCCUGGAGCUCCAGCACUUCCCGAGGAGCUGGAGGAGGAGGUCCAGGACAACGAUGCCGGUGUUUGCGGGAGCACAGGAAGCAGCGGAGAUGCCAAUUUCCAGCCACUGCGCUCACGUUCUUUGUUUCCACAAAUACCAUAGCUUUAUACCACUAACAGUCUGUUUAUAUAUUUAAAUGUCACAAGUUAAAACGAUGUCAUGGAGUUUGUGACAAUGUUAAUAGACUGUCAGACUUGGGGAGUAGGGUUCCUUCAAGAUCCUUGAAAUUACAUGUAAAAUGGUAACAGCUGGUUGUUAAUUAACUACUUAAUAGAAAUGGGUAUUUUUGUCAUUUUGUUUGCUCGAGUACAGAACAGAGAAAUUUACUGAAAACUCUGGGGUGAAAUCACGAAGCAGUUGCACCACUCUGUGCUAUUUGAGUGAUAAGAUGAAUUAAAUUUUAACCAAAUGUUUGUGUACAUUAUAAUUUGAACAUGGCAGCAGUAAUUUAUCAAACAAUGAAGAAGAGCGUUAAAACCUGGCAUAUGUCCAGAUGCGCUGUGUAGUCAAGCGCACUUCCAGCAUGUUAAAGAGAUGAUUCAGGUGUCUGGAUCACCAUAGUGCAAUGGUGUUCUUCAGUCCUGGCAGAGUGUGUCUGAUGCACACGCUUGCAACGCUUUUUACCAGGUGCAAUUCAUUCUUUGUAAAUUCCACACUCAGUUGUCCCAGUUGAGCACUCUUUUUACAUUUUUGUCAGACAAACAUAUUACAUUUUUGGCCACGUAUUGCUACGUGGUUCUAAGUGCCUUGCACCGUGGUUAUGGCAUUUUUAAGUUUACAAUAGUUCUUGUAAACAAACUUUUCAAAACACAUCUUCAGGCCCUGUUCAUUUCAGAAAGCUGUUGCUGCCCUGGACUGAAAGUCAUCAUGUUGUGUUAUAAUGUAAAUUGCUGCCUGGCCAAAUGGAAGCCCCCAAAUUGAUAACAUAAAUGAUCCCAACAUUAAAAAAUUAAAUGUUACAAAUGUUACGUGCCUUUUUGGCACUUGCAUACAGUUGUUACUGGAUUUCGAUUGGUGUGAAAUGUUUGAACCUAAAAAAAAAAAAGAAUACUUUUAAUGUUUUUUCUCCCCAAUUUGGAAUGCCCAAUUCCCAAUGCGUUCUAGGCCCUCGUGGUGGUGGACAAAUCUCAGUUGCCUCUGCGUCUGAGACCAUCAAUCCGCGCAUUUUAUUACGUGGCUUGUUGAGCAUGCUAUUCUCCGCGGCAUCCAUGCACAACUCACUACCACAUUAUAGCAACCACAAGGACAUGCCUUACCCCAUGUGACUCUACCCUCCCCUCCCUAGUAACCAGGCCAAUAUGGUUGCUUAGGAGACCUGGCUAGAGUCACUCAGCAUGCCCUGGAUUCGAACUCGCGACUCCAGGGGUGGUAGUCAGCGUUAAUACUCACUGAGCUCCCCAGGCCCCCUAGAUUGAUAAUUUGUAAGUAACGUGGUACGUGUGCUCAUCCUUAUUAUUUAACGACUGGUUAAUCGUAGAACCAAUCCAGGAUGAUCUGAGGUAUGUUAGAGUUGCACAAAAGUAUUAUUCCUUUGAAGUUGGGUGCACACUGUACUAUUUUUAUGGUCCUUAACGAUUGUUGCUUGUCAGACUGUAAGAUAUGAUCCCAGUGAGAUCUUUGGCACACUCUGCGACAUUGUGUCAGACUGCAUGAUACACAUUGUAGCCAAAACCUUUGUCCCAAUCGAUAGCGUUUAAGGCCCCUGCACACUUCCUACGAAAUCGAAGAAUGAACGGGUGAGACGUAAUUUAGAACAAAAUCUGGCCAAAAAGUAGUUUUUUUUUUUAAUUUUUUCUUUAUUUAUAACAUUUUUAGGUGGUUCAGCACAGCUCACCAGAGCGAACUUUCAGGAAAACUUCUUACCAGCUGCUAAACACCUUCUUACUGCCAUUGGUCCACAUUUACAUUUAUGCAUUUGGCAGACGCUUUUAUCCAAAGCGACUUACAGUGCUCUUAUUACAGGGACAAUCCCCCCGGAGCAACCUGGAGUUAAGUGUCUUGCUCAAGGACACAAUGGUGGUGACUGUGGGGAUUGAAACAGUGACCUUCUGAUUACCGGCUAUGUGCUUUAGCCCACUACGCCACCACCACUCCAUUAGAUGUGACCCGGAGUUCCACCUACUUUGAUGCCGACAGCUAAUUCCCUUUCAUUCAGUUGAUAUGUCAACAUGAACACACCAGCAUGUACAGUUAUUAGCAAACUGGUGCAAAUUUACCUACAUCUGUUCAUGUAGAGAAAUUUUCCAUGAACAUGUCAUGUGAUUUUUUUUUUCUCAAAUACUCAAAGAAAAACUCAAAUACUCUUAAAUACUCAUUCACUCAUGUGCCAUCUGCAGCUAGAAGCCAGUCACACGUCUGCCCAAUGUAAAGUGUUCAUGUCAUUAUUCUUUUGUCUGUAUUCUCCCCAUUAACACCCAUCUUUGCAGUAGUGUCAGUGUCAUCAUAAACUACAAUAACAGUGUAAUCUGCCCAUAUUAUGGCCGUGUGUUAGCGCAUUAUUGCCUGAAUGCCAAAAGUAAAAAUUACAAACAUGUCAAAAGACGGUGAACGUGUUGCACUAAGUAAUUAAAGACUGACAAUUCUGCCCUAUCACAAGAAGAAUAGUUUACAAUCCCCAAAAUAAGUCUCAUAUGGCAAAAUCCUGGCCAAAUAGUUCAACUUUUAAAAACCCUGCUCCAUUCAGAACGCUGUUGCUGCUGUACUGUUAUGAAGUAAAUUGCUUUCCGGCCAAUCGGUUUUGCCGAAAAUGCUGACAAAAUUGUGGCCAAAAUUAUACCGUGUGAACGACUCAUGUCAGCAUUGGUUUCAUUUAUAUCUUACAUUUUGUCUGACUUUUAUGUUUUUUUAAUGUUCAAAUUUUUAAAUAUCUUUUAUAUCUAAAUAUUUGUAUUUUUAUCUAAAAAAAAAAAAAUUGGGACUUCAGUGCGAAAUGGACGAAACUGUUCUCUUUAUUCUGCUGUUGAAAGAGGGUAUCACUGGCCACGUUCACACCAAAACAGAAUGUGCUUGUGUUUCUUGUUUUAUAAUCUUGAAUGUGGUUAUGUUUACACACAGUUUGGUAGUUAUGAGAGUAACCACUGCAUUCUGUAAUCAAACUGACACUCUUAAAUUUCCCUUUGUUAUGGAAGUCACCAUCUUUCAGUCACUGUCACUCUGGUUACACGUGUCAUUCAAGCUAUUGUGAGAAUAGAAUGCGGGCUUGACUUCAGAUAUUCGCUCAUGCAGACAAAAUUCAUGCCGCUACUGUUAUCUCUUGUAUGAACGGAACAUUUCUUGACUCACUCCUGUCAGUAAAUAUGGUUGUCAAUCUGAAAGUCUGACUGUGGUCAAUGUGAGAACAUUCAAAGUGUCAUUGUGCAAAUAAAAUAAAAAAAGGCAUAAAAGGAAAUGCAUAAGGAGCAUCGUUUACAAGGGAGUAAAUUAUUUUAUUUAUGGUAAUGUUUUACAUGCUUCACGUAAAGGCAAGUAGAGAUCCAUCAAGGGUCUUAUGGAAAUAUCAUGCUUCAUACUGCUAGCCAUGUGAACUUGAAAUAUUUAAAUAUCCUUUCAAAAGGUCCAUAUCCAUCAUCUGCAUAGGACCAUAACUGACAGAUUGAAUGAAAAAAAAAAUGACAUUUAUUUUUACACUGUUCCUAAAAGUGGUUGUUAAAUUUGUUUAGUUAUCCUACAAU